CCGAGAGCCACGCGAGUGAAUCGGUGGUGUCGCUGUGGAGAAAGCCGGAAAAAGUCUAGAGAAAUGAAUCGAGCCUGGUUGUGUCUGCUGAUCUGCCUGGCCUUAAGCUGCGGUCCAAGCCAAUCAGCCAGCCAGGAUCAUUCCACGAACCAAACGGCAGCGAAUCCCCUGCUGAAACAAUCGCAGAAUACAUUUAUCCAAUGGGUUCUCUCACUUUUGCCUCAACGUCCCGGCAGCUCGGAUUCGGAAAAUGCCACUCUGGCCACCUUGAGCAGCAGCUCCAUGAUGCCGGACGCGGCAUCCACGACAUCAACCACCACACCAGCCCCAUCUUCCAGCACCACUACAACCAGGAGGGCAACCACUCCGGCCCCGCCCACUUUGAAUCCGCCGAGGAAUUGCAGCGACUGCGUCUGCGGAAUAGCCAAUAUACAGAAGAGAAUCGUCGGUGGUCAGGAAACAGAGGUUCAUCAGUAUCCCUGGGUGGCCAUGUUGCUAUAUGGGGGAAGGUUCUAUUGCGCCGCCUCCUUGCUCAACGAUCAAUUCCUGUUGACCGCAUCUCAUUGCGUCUAUGGUUUCCGAAAGGAAAGAAUCUCGGUGAGAUUACUCGAACAUGAUCGCAAGAUGUCGCAUAUGCAAAAGAUCGACCGCAAGGUGGCCGAGGUGAUCACGCAUCCCAAGUAUAAUGCCCGGAACUAUGACAACGAUAUAGCUAUCAUCAAGUUGGAUGAGCCGGUGGAGUUCAACGAUGUGCUCCAUCCCGUUUGUAUGCCAACGCCGGGCAGAAGUUUUAAGGGCGAAAAUGGCAUUGUCACUGGCUGGGGAGCGCUCAAAGUUGGUGGACCCACUUCCGAUACCCUUCAGGAGGUUCAAGUGCCCAUUCUAUCGCAGGACGAAUGCCGCAAGAGUCGCUAUGGCAACAAGAUCACGGAUAACAUGCUGUGUGGCGGAUACGACGAGGGUGGCAAGGACUCGUGCCAGGGUGACAGUGGAGGUCCUUUGCACAUCGUGGCCAGCGGAACGCGAGAGCAUCAGAUCGCCGGCGUGGUCUCGUGGGGUGAGGGCUGUGCCAAGGCCGGUUAUCCUGGCGUCUAUGCCAGAGUGAAUCGCUACGGAACCUGGAUCAAGAACCUCACCAAACAGGCUUGCCUCUGCCAGCAGGAGACCAAGAAGAUCAAGUAGCGACCAUCUGGCUAUUUCUGUAUCUAUUAAUAGUUCAAUACUCUUGCUUGGCUGGCAAUGUUUAAUAUUAUAUCAGAAUUGGUAUCUCCCAUCCAAUGUGAUAAUUCUAAUGUCUUCUCAACAUGCAAUAGCACCGUUUGAAAGACAAGUUUUCAUUACAAAAAGCUUGUUAUUUCCAAAAUCACUAAUCCCAUAUCCCAAGUAACGAACUAUUUUCGCCGAAAAUAACUAUGCACUUUCUUGGGAUAUAUGCUCCAAAACUAUUUGCCACCUUUGCAAGAGUAAGUCAGCUUCAACUUCGUCGAAGAUCCCAUUUUCUAGCUGUUUUAUAUUUAUUGAUUAAAAGAAAAGUUUCCAUAAA